CAGUGUGAGGAGGGGAUGGAAACCGCGUGUUAAUGUAACCAGUGUGUACGGAAAGCUGGAAAUCGAGCGACUAUCGGAGCAACGGAGCCGAGUGUUGUCGGGUCGAGCGAUGUUUCCUCAGAGCAGGCAUCCUACGCCGCACCAGGCUGCAGCCCAACCUUUCAAGUUCACCAUCCCCGAAUCGCUGGACCGUAUCAAGGAAGAGUUCCAGUUUUUGCAGGCUCAGUAUCACAGUCUCAAGUUGGAAUGUGAAAAACUGGCAAGUGAAAAGACAGAAAUGCAGCGACACUAUGUCAUGUAUUAUGAAAUGUCCUAUGGAUUGAAUAUUGAAAUGCACAAACAGACAGAAAUAGCGAAAAGACUGAAUACGAUUUGUGCGCAAGUGAUUCCCUUUCUGUCUCAGGAACAUCAACAACAGGUGGCACAGGCUGUGGAACGUGCAAAGCAAGUGACCAUGGCGGAGUUGAACGGCAUCAUCGGGGUACGUGGGCUUCCCAGUCUGCCUCUUACACAACAGCAACUUCAGGCUCAGCAUCUCUCUCAUGGUCAUGGACCUCCAGUGCCUCUCACCCCUCAUCCUUCAGGACUUCAGCCUCCGUCAAUCCCCUCACUUGGUAGCAGUGCAGGUCUUCUGGCCUUAUCAAGUGCUUUGGGUGGACAGUCCCACCUUUCAAUGAAAGAUGAUAAGAAGCAUCAUGAAUCGGACCACCAUAGAGAGAGGGACCCAGGCACAAGUAAUUCCCUGCUGGUACCUGAUGGCCUGCGAGGUACAGAUAAACGCAGGAAUGGACCUGAUUAUUCCAAUGAUGUGAAGAAGAGGAAGGUUGACGAUAAGGACUCCAUGAGUCACUAUGACAGUGAUGGGGAUAAGAGUGACGACAAUUUAGUAGUGGAUGUUUCUAAUGAGGACCCAUCAUCGCCCCGAGGCAGUCCUGCUCAUUCCCCACGUGAGAAUGGCUUGGAUAAAUCUCGCCUGCUCAAGAAGGAUGCAUCCAGCAGUCCAGCUUCCACGGCAUCUUCUGGCAGCUCCUCAUCUCUCAAAUCCAAAGAACUCAGUCAUCAUGAAAAGGCCAGCACUCCUGUGAUGAAGUCCAGUACCCCAACUCCCCGAGGUGAUGUGCCAACUCCGGGUACAAGUGCUACUUCAGGAUUGCGCCCCAGUCUUUGCAAACCGCCAGUUAUGGACCCAUUAGCAUCAGGAUUAAGGGCACCCUUGGCGGUACCAGGACCUUAUCCUUCACCUUUUGGCAUAAUGCCUAGCAUCAAUGGAGAUCUGAACAGUCCAGGAAGUUAUCCAAACCUCCAUAAUAUUCCGCCUCAGAUGAGUGCUGCCACAGCAGCAGCAGUAGUUGCCUAUGCACGACCCCCUAUGGUUGGGUUUGACCCUCAUCCUCAUAUGCGUGUAUCUGCAAUGCCUCCAAAUUUGACUGGCAUCCCAGGUGGAAAACCAGCUUAUUCAUUCCACGUUACUGCGGAUGGACAAAUGCAGCCUGUGCCUUUUCCUCCUGAUGCCCUCAUUGGACCAGGCAUCCCACGACAUGCUCGGCAAAUCAACACACUGAGCCAUGGUGAAGUUGUGUGUGCUGUUACCAUCAGCAACCCCACAAGACAUGUGUACACUGGUGGGAAGGGUUGUGUGAAGGUCUGGGAUAUCAGCCAGCCUGGCAGUAAGAGCCCAGUGUCCCAGCUGGACUGCUUGAACCGAGACAAUUACAUCCGAUCGUGCAAGUUGCUUCCUGAUGGAUGCACCCUGAUUGUUGGUGGUGAAGCCAGCACGUUAUCCAUUUGGGAUUUGGCAGCUCCAACUCCACGUAUAAAAGCAGAGUUGACAUCUUCUGCUCCAGCCUGCUAUGCUUUAGCUAUCAGCCCUGACUCCAAGGUCUGUUUCUCCUGCUGUAGUGAUGGAAAUAUUGCUGUCUGGGAUCUGCACAACCAGACACUGGUCAGGCAAUUCCAAGGUCACACAGAUGGAGCCAGCUGUAUUGACAUCUCAAAUGAUGGCACCAAACUUUGGACGGGAGGUUUAGACAACACUGUAAGGUCCUGGGACCUCAGAGAAGGAAGGCAACUGCAGCAGCAUGACUUCACGUCCCAGAUAUUUUCUCUUGGAUACUGUCCUACCGGUGAAUGGUUAGCUGUGGGAAUGGAGAGCAGCAAUGUAGAAGUGCUACAUGUAACAAAACCAGAUAAAUAUCAGUUGCACCUCCAUGAAAGCUGUGUGCUCUCUCUUAAAUUUGCUUACUGUGGUAAAUGGUUUGUAAGCACUGGAAAAGAUAACCUCCUUAAUGCAUGGAGAACACCUUAUGGAGCAAGCAUAUUCCAGUCUAAGGAGUCCUCAUCAGUGCUGAGCUGCGAUAUCUCAGUGGAUGAUAAAUAUAUAGUCACCGGCUCUGGAGAUAAGAAGGCAUCGGUUUACGAAGUUAUUUACUAAAAUCUAUUACUGAAAAAGUGUGUUUAGAACUGUUUUUUUUUAAAUAUAAAAAAACAAGAUGGCAUCCUCCUGGCCUUGUUCUUUAAGGUGAAUCUUACCAUUGAUACUUGAGGACUGAUGAUCACCACACCAAUGAUCGACUGGAUUAAAAGAAAACACCAUUGAACUGGGCGCAAUUAGCUGUUUUGGUAGUACCAAGAAAAUUCCAGGACCCUGCUUUGUAGAACCCUGGAUUAUUAGAAGAGCAUUUGAAUCCUCUCUGACCUCACAUUGUAUUUUUGUUAUUGCCUGAAUUGCUGCAUUUGUGGAGUUGCCUAACCAGGUGUUCAUUUGUUCUUUGAAAAACAUUCUGUCCUUUUGUAGUGCAAUGGUGUUCCAGGUAAACCUGGUUUCUGCUUUUGCAUCUUGUGAAAUGUAUUUUGUAUCUUGUCGGAGCUCAAACAUUUGUACAAAUUGUAAAUAUUCCGUUUAAUACAGUAAAGACAGUAUUGAAAC